AUGUCGGAAUUCUACUGGAAGUUCCUUCAUAAACACCUCGCGCCAAAGUAUUCAACCGGAGAUAAACGGAUUGGCUACACACUGUCUGAAGUGGCACAAGUAUUGGGAGCGGCGAAAGAGGCGUUGAAAAAGGACAACUCACUCAUCGAAAUGAACCCGCCAAUUGUGAUUGUCGGUGACAUUCAUGGACAGUACUACGACCUGCUGCGAAUGUUCAGCUUAUUCAACGACAAAGACCGUAAUGAACCCGUUAGUGGAACACUCACACAGAAGUAUCUUUUCUUGGGCGACUAUGUUGACCGUGGCUCGCGUUCUCUUGAAUGUAUCAUGCUUGUCUUUGUAUUGAAGAUCCUUUUCCCGAAAAAGUAUGGCUUAGUUCGAGGAAAUCACGAGUGUCGACCAAUCAAUCGAGUCUACGGUUUCUUCGAUGAGCUCCAAGAUAGGUUUGGGAAUGAAGAAGCUGAGGCGCUUUGGAAAGAAGAUCUUCUGCAUGCACGGGGAAUUGGCCCUAACAUUCACACCUUCGACGAUAUCCGUCAAAUUCAACGUCCACUCGAUGAUAUUAGCACUUCUCCAUUGGCAAUGGAUCUCUUGUGGGCUGAUCCAAUGAUUGAUUUGAUCGGAUUCAUGCCGAAUCAGGUGCGAGGAGUGUCCGUGUAUUUUGGCGAAAGCGAAGUGGUGAAAUUGUGCAAAUCUCUCAACAUCGACCUUAUCGUUCGGGCACACCAGAUGAUGCAAAAUGGUUAUGGGUUCUUUUGUGGAAGGAAAUUAAUGACGAUAUUUACUGCGCCUCGAUAUUUCCCGGAGAGGAACAACAAGGCCGCCGUGUUGGUUGUGGAUGAAAAUGGGAAAUGCUCGAUUAAAGUCUUGCUGCCCUGCGAUGAGAUCAACACCGGAGAGAAAGCCUUCCGAAAGGAAUUUGACUUGUCUUACAUGGACAGUUCGAGUUAUCAAUUCUACAAGACCAAUGGAAAGCUUCCAAAGGGACGACGAAAGGGU